CACUUGAUGGCCAUUACUCGGCAUGGAGUGAAUCGCCUUGACACUGGUGCAUUGGCACGAUGCAGUUUUGAAGAGACUGUAGACAUUCUCAUGGAAGCGGCAACCCAUGCAGAGCGAGAUCCAAUGGCUGGUGUUUCCGAGAAUAUAAUGCUUGGUCAAAUGGCUCGUAUUGGCACCGGUUGCUUCGAUUUGCUUUUAGAUACUACACGUUGUCAAGAGGCUCAACCAAUUCCUCUCACUGGUGGUCACAUGGCCAAUUCUCUUUUUAACGCUCCUGGUUUUCAUGUUGCCACUUUCGCCGGAAGUCCGCUAUGGAAUGAUUCAUCCCUUCAGUUUGGUUUUGAUCAAACCGGCCAAGGAGGAGCUCACACUCCAUGGGACGCAAUUCGCUCUCCGACUGGCUCCUUACUCGGUUUGGAUGCUAGUCCAGCUUACCGUGGGGUGAUUGGUGGCCUAGGUGGACUGGGCUCGGGUGGCGCUACUGCUCCACACAGCGCCAUGUUCUCACCAACAAUGAGCAGAUUAGACUCUGGUCUCUCACCAGGCCGUAGUCCUCAGAUGGAUAGUCCUCGCACUCCAGAUACUGCGUUUUCUCCAGGCGGGCUCUAUCCAGCAUAUCCUAGUCCUAUGUCGGCAAGUGGAACUCCACAAACAGAUCCUGGUUCACCUGGUUCCAGUCCGGGUCAUACAGGGAGUGCGAAUAGCAGCUCUUUGGGCUUCGCAGACGAUCUCAAUUUCUCCAUCCAAUCACGCCCGACCUACGGUGGCGGAGGUGGAUUUACGGGUACUGGUGGUUCCUCUAGCCUUAGUGGUGGCGCUGGAGGGCUGGGAGGCUUGGGAGUCAGCGCUUAUGGCCCUGGUGGGCUUGAUUCAGCCGGAUCUGCGUCACCUAGCUUUAGCUUGACACAUUCAUAUGCUCCCACUUCUGUUGGCUACUUGCAGCGCUCUCCUCAUUUGGUGGGUGCUGGCAGUUCUUCCUCGUCUGGUUUGGCUGGUCUUGGUGGUCUUGGCUCGUCCAGUGGUCUUGGCGGUGGUCUGGGUGCUGCAUCUCCCGGCAUCUCUGCUGGCUCACCUGAUAGCCUCGCUCUCUAUACACCACAUAGUCCUCUUCUUAGCGCGACUACGGCUAGUCGAACUGCUGCUGGACAUGGAGUCGGCAGUGGUACUGGAGGGGGCUAUGGCUUGAGUACUUCAGCAUCGAGCAGCUGGGCUGCUGGGCUUCUAGCCUCAGCUUCAUCUGUGACACCUGGCAGUGAGACACCAGGCGGGCUCUCAUCCUCCUCAGCGACUGGAAGCAGCUUGCUCCUCGACUCAGGCUCUUCGCCAUCUCUUGGCUUAACGGGUGCCUCUAGUCUACGUGGCGGUGUCAGUGGUCUGGGUGCCGGAAGCAGCAGCAGCGUGACUGGGCUCGGCCUACUAACUGUGGGCAGUUCUAGCGGCAGUGGAAGCAGUGUGGGCUCUGGUGUUGCCGGCGCUGGAAGCCAUCCUUCCUUCUAUCCCUUUACACAGUCCAACUCCCCAUGCAGCAGUUUCAAUGCUUCGCCCUCUGCACCACGCUACAGCCCGCCAUCAUCUUUGGGUGGUUCUUCAAUGGACACCUACUCUCCACAAAUGAUGCUUACUCCUGUAAGUUCUUACAUAUCCGCUAUCCAAUCAAAGACCUUAGAUCUAAACCUAUAG